AUGGGUGACCUGGCCGACACCAUCGACGAUCUCAUAUGCAGUUUCGAAAGCGAUGGUAGCAAGACGAUGGACACGCUGAUCAUGUACCUGUUCUGCUGGGCGCUGGUCGGGUUCGCCGCGCUCGCCGUCGGCAAGUUCGCCUACGGCCGGGCCGCCCUGUACGCCGGCCGCAAGUCGGCCGCCGCCGCCGCCGCCAGGACGGCCGCGGCGUCCGGCCAGGAACCGGACGCGGCCGCCGACCGCAGGCCGGCCCAGCUGAACCACCACCGGGCCGCCGUGCCGCCCACGCCGCCCGUGGCCCGCAAGCGGCUGGGCUCCAAGUCGGGCCGCACGUCCGCGGCCGUGGCCGGCGUCGCGGCCGGUCUGUCCGCCGUCCCGGCCGCCGCGGCCGCCAGCAAGGCGUUCUCGUCGGAACAGCAGCAGGCGGCCCACCACCUGCACCACCACCACCCGCAGCACCAGCGGCGGCCGCCGCCCGCGGCCACCGGCAACGACCCGGACGCCGUCCGCUGGACCAACGACGUGUUCAAGUGGCUGUACGACGCGGCCGCGGCCACGGCCGGCAGCGCCGGCGAACCGUCGGCCGUCGACUAUCUGCUCGGCGAGUGGACGUCCGCCCUCAACGAGUACACCAAAAAGUCGUUUGCCGAAGUGAGUACAUAUUUUAAAACUUACGACCGAAAUUUACAACCGAAAUCAAAAAGUUGA